CAUUAAGCGUGAUCCUGAGAAAUGGGAACAAUUUAAAGAAAAUAAUCGACUAAGGUACGAUACAAGAAAGGCUCUAGGUAAAUAGAAAACUGUAAAAGAUACGACAUCGAAAGAGAGAGAAUUAGUAAGAAAACGAUGGAGACGAAAUUCCUAUUGCUAUAGAACAAGGAAAAGCAACAGAAAAGUUAAUUUUAUAAACGAGUCGUCAUCGACAACCGAUUCAGGUUUCAGAAAAUAAUAACUUGAACUAUAUUACAACGGUAAUGAGUGAUCCGGUGAUUGAUAACGGCUCAGAUGAUGACGUCAUCGAAGUCGUGAGGGACGAGGCGCCCAUCGAAAUAUUAUCAGACGGUGAAGAAAUGGAAAUCGAGAAAUCUAAACAAGCAAAUCUAUCCCUUUCCCAACCAUUCAACUUCGCCGCACCAAAUACACCAGCAGAAACAACAUUAGAUGAGAAAGAAUUGAGUGAGCAAGAAGAUCCACUUAGAAACAAUUUCUGUGAAACAGAAAACACUUUCACGAUGACAGAACGUGAAAAGAACACAGUGCCCGUUAUCACUCGUACUACAUCACUAGAAGAUUUGUUCAAAGCGGAUGACAAAUCAAACCAUGACAGUAGCGGUGAAAAUUGUUUUAUAAACGUCACUGACGUUGGGAAUAGUUCAGUAAAUGAAGCAGAACAACUAAAGCAGAAAGUUCAACAAGAUUUAUCUUCAAACUCAGAAAUAGAUAAAACAUUAAACAUGAAUAUAUCUGAUGUUCCUAUAGAUGACUUAUUAGCUAAUAAGAUGGCUGACGACAGUAGUGAGAAAAUGUAAUAGUAGUCUUUUUUAAUAGUUUAUACGCGGCUAGUAGUUUUUUUUUUUCAAAAUAAUAGUUUUGAUAACAAUAAUUGUAAUUGUAUUUCACACCAGUAUUUUUAACGAUAAAAUAAUCUUUACAAUAUAAAGUAAUGUGUUAGUAGAACUGAUAUUAUAUUAUUAGUCUUGUUAAAAUUUAUAAUACAUAGCUAUAAUAUAAUGUUAACAGUAUAGUGUACCGUUUUAUCAGGUUUUUCGUUCAAUUUAAUUUAAAUGUAUUUUAUGCUAAUGUCUAAAUGAAAUGAUGCGUACCUGUCAGAGUCGUGAUUGAAAGGAAUAAUAAAAUUCACCAUAGAAUAUCAUUUUUAACUUAUAAACCUAGCGAUAUUGGAAUCUAAACAAGAUUCCAAUAUUUUUAUCUUUAUUUAAUUGACAUUUGAAUAAGAAGGUAAGACACAGCAUUGUUUAACUAAUCACCCGCCAAACAAGGUUUAUAACUAAGACCGUAAAUCUUAUAAUAAUAAUAUUUCCAAAAAUCAUUACAAGGUAAAUAUUAUUAAAAACUCAAAAAACAUAUUUUAUUACAAUUAAAUUUGUGAUUUUAAGAAAUGAUAUAUUUUUAAAUUCAUACAAUGUUAUCUUAAGUUUUAUUGUUAUAGUGUAACACAAUACGUGACAGACGUCAGGGUCAUAUUCUCUCAGCGACCGGAUGUUGAACGAAAACUAAACAAUAUUUUAUCAACCAUUCCACAGUCAUAUGAAAUCGAUAAUUUACUUUAAUUUAUUUUUAAGUUUUUACAUUAGGCUAUUCAUAAGAUUUUAAUAAUAAUAAUGAAAUUUUAAUUGGAGCAAAUGAUAGUGACAUAUUUACAAGCUUUUUUUUAACAUCUAAUAAUAUGUGUGCGUCAAAUUCUGCCACUGACUUUCAGUUCAACUUAACUGAUUGAGGUGAAUUAGGUAAAUAAAAGCUUGUUUAUAAACAGUCUUAGAUCUAUUUUGAAUUUAUUGUUUGUAAUAUGCUUUAGUAGAUAAUAUAAAAUGGUGUAAGUUAGCCUUAAACAAUAUUAAUUUUAAUUUGAGAAUUGUUAUAUUGAAUUAAUUUGAGCCUUU